AUGCAGAUGUUGACCACCUAUACAUUUCUUCUUUAUUAUCUUCUUCUUCAAUAUUUCUAUUCUCUUUGUUUUUAUUUUACUUUUACCCCCCUCUUUUUCAUAUUCUUCGCCCUUUUCUUUUACUUAUUCGGUUUUCUUCUUCUUCUACAUUUACUUGUUUAUUAUUUUUCUUCUACUUCUUCUUCUUCUCCUUCCGCUUCUCUUCCUACAUCUUUUUCCGCUACUCGUCAUCCGCCUCCUUUUUUCUUCUUCUUUUUCUUUUUCUUCAUCCGCUACUCCUCCUCUUCCUCCUGCUCCUUCUUCUUCUUCUUCUUCUUCUUCUUCUUCUUCUUCUCUUCGUCUCCUUCUUCUUCCGCUUCUCCUCCUACAUCUUUUUUCGCUACUCCUAAUCCUCCUCCUUCUCCUACUGCUCCUCCUUUUUUCUUCUUCUUUUUCUUCACCCGCUACUCCUCCUCCUCCUCCUGCUCCUUCUUCUUCUUCUUCUGCUCCUCUUCGUCUGUUUCUUCUUCAUCCGCUACUCCUCCUCUUCCUCCUGCUCCUUCUUCUUCUUCUUCUUCUUCUGCUGCUGCUGCUGCUCCUCUUCGUCUCCUUCUUCUUCCGCUUCUCCUCCUACAUCUUUUUUCGCUACUCCUCAUCCUCCUCCUUCUCCUAUUGCUCCUCCUUUUUUCUUCUUCUUUUUCUUUUUCUUUAUCCGCUACUCCUCCUCCUCCUGCUCCUGCUCCUUCUUCUUCUUCUUCUUCUUCUUCUUCUUCUUCUUCUUCUUCUUCUUCUUCUCACGUUCUUCCUAUUUACGUUCUUCUCUUUCCUUUACUUGUUUUUCCCUUUUCUUCUCUCUCUUCUUUUUCUUCUCCUUCUUUUUUCUCUCAUUAUAAUUAUUAUUAUUGA